AUGGAGGUCUUCUUGAGCAAUGUCCCCCUCAGCUUGACGGACGGCAAUCUACAAACCGAGCUCAAGCCUCUCUUGAAUGCUCUCGGCAUCGUCGACUGGGUUGUUGAUAAGCCCAAGCGGAAGCCCGUGGCCUGGAUCUCAUUUCUCAAGGCAAGCGAUGGCGUCAAGUUCCUAAAGAAACACGGCAAGGUCAGCGCCCCGCAACGCCAAACUCAAGUGUCUGCUGCGUCGCCAUCGCCUGGUGAUGGUCAUGGUGCUCCGCCCCGUGAUCGCACCCCAGCUGUUGCGCGGCUGCUCCUCCUCUCGACGCCAAUAUAUGUCGAGAAGAGCAGAAGAAAAGUGAAUCCCCAGACGCUGGGACACCUUAGACACGAGUCCAAAGAGCGACAAACGAAGCCGGACAGGGGCCAGCGAGCAUCAGCCAUCAUAUGUCGCCUCAGGCAACUUUCCAGUGGCAAAAUCAUCUUUGCGCAGCCAAGAAUGGAAUUGAAGUAUAUGCAGCAGACACACCAUCAGAUUAGUGGCCAUGCCACGUUUGGACUUCAAUCUUUGGUGGUGAACAGUGGGCAGAGCAUUCGAAUGGACGUACCAUACCACACAAUCCAAGAGCUCGUCCUAGACCGCGGGUCGCAAAGUAUAACGCUUAUCCUAGAGGAUCCGCCCAAAUUCUUCGCCGAAAUUACGGGAUCUUCUGGCGAUAGUAGAAGGUGGGAGCGACAAACAAGCUUUCCUUCCUGGGCAGGGCAUUCCAAAUAUGUGGCCCAUUGCCUGGUCUACCAAUUGACACUUUCUGGCGACUACGACGAAGCAGUCCGUGCUCUCCGACUUCGCGAUAUCCUGCCCCUAAACUACUACAGCAUACCGCUCAAAUCUCUCCUGCAGCCCAUUGAAGAGGAUUAUACUACAGGCAUGAGAGCGUUCGAGGGCAAAAUACAGAGCCUCGGGAGCAACAGAAAACCUAUGGUCCCAUUUCCGAUCCUCUUUCAAGUUCAAACCCUUGUUUGGAAUAACUACCUACACCCAUACAGUGGAAUUCGUGUGCUCGAAAUUCUUGAGAGAAGAACCAGCAAUUCCGCAUGGAAAGGCGAGACACCACUGUUCACGGUCGACGCGAUGAAGCGUUUGCUACAGAGAGUACCGUAUCCUGUUCCGGGUACAGACCCAACGGAAGUUGAUCCAGACGCCCUUGUGGAGAGUGUGGUGAGAGCAGAGAUUGAUCUUCGCAAUCAGGAUUCGUCCAGGUCUGGCUUGUAUGGCCCAACGUUACCGCGGCAUCAAACAUGGGUCUUCAAAGCCAUGGUUACUCCAACGCGCGUUUUUCUUCAGGGGCCCGAUGCAGAGAGCCGAAACAGAGUUUUACGAAUGUUUCCCGAUCGCGACGAUAUGUUUCUCCGCGUUUCCUUUUGUGAUGAAGAUGGGCAAGACCUUACGUUCAGUCCAAAGGUUUCAAACGACACUGUGUACAAGCGAUACCGCGAGGUUCUCGUGGAUGGGAUUCGGAUUGCUGGAAGACAGUUCUCUUUUCUGGGAUUUUCGCAUUCAUCGCUCCGUUCCCACUCGACCUGGUUCAUGGCGCCAUUUGUCGCCGCAAACGGCCAACUUCAGAGCCGCGACACGAUCCUCGCAGUUCUGGGCGACUUCAGCGACAUUCGCGUUCCCGCAAAAUGCGCAGCUCGAAUUGGCCAAGCGUUCUCUGAAACCCCAUACGCUGUUGACUUGUUCAAAGCCAACAUUCACGUUCGUUAUAUUCCCGACGUCAAAUCGCCAGACGGCAAGCGUGUCUUUAGCGAUGGCGUCGGUACGAUAUCGUGGGGCGCCAUGCAAGAACUUUGGGAUGCGCUGCCGAAGCGUUCUGUUGACGCCACAUGCUUUCAAAUUCGCUGGGCGGGCGUCAAAGGACUACUUGUGUUUGAUCCGACAUUGCAGGGCAAGGUCAUUUGCGUGCGCAAGGAAUCAAUGAUGAAGUUUCCCAGCAGAGAUCUACGAGAGCUCGGAAUCUGCGAUGUAGCGUCGCGGCCAUUGCGGCUGGUCCUUAAUCGCUAA